GAUGCAAUAAUAGAAGAAGAAAUAAAUGAAAAUGUAACAAAAAAUCUUGAUUAUUCCCAGAAACAAAAUUCAAGUGUGUGUUUUUACGUAGUUCAUGUUUACAAAAUAAGAAUAUCAGACAAUUCUAGUCUUAUUGUAGAUUCUUUGGGAUCAUGGAAUCCGGGUGAAUUAAUGCUAAAACUUCCAGUGGAUGUUGAAUUGCGAAAUAAUUUUUAUCAUUUGCCACUUAUAAUUGGAAUUCUAAAUGGGACUAACGAAGAUCAAAAUGAAGAAAAUUCAUUGUACGAAGAACAGAUGACAGAAGAUCGUCCACUGAAUGAUUUUAUAAAUUUUCUAGCCAGCAAUUUGAAUGCUAGUUUAGAGACAGUGAUGCAUGAAAAAGUAGGAGUACUUACCAAUAAAGCUUGGACUCAUCUUCUUGGAGAUGUUAACAAUGGCAUCGUUGAUAUUGGUCUUGGGUACAUCACGGUCAAUGACGAGAGACGUCGUGAUAUGUGUUUUUCACAUCCUCUUAUACGUUAUACAAGAAAUAUUUACAUACGACCACCGGAAUCAGGAUUCAUGCGAGACAUUUUUCUUCAGCCAUUCAACAAUCGUCUUCUGCUCUGUGUUGCAUUUGUUCAUGUUCUGAUAAUUGUUACUAUCAGUCUCAUAAAUUACAUCACGCGAAAUGUUUUCCUUAUGUACAAUGCUUACGCAGGAUUCAUUACUUCAAUAUUAUCUGUUCAAGCAACAGGUAUUAAGACGCUUGAAGAUUUAUUGCAAAAUAAUUUUAAAGUUGGAUACAGUGAUCUUGAUGAUGAAUUUAUGAGAAAUACUAAUGACACUAACUUAAGAAAGUUGUAUAUAAAUGCAUUCAAUACUCGUGAAUCACGCAUUGAUACGAACCAAGGUCUUCAGAAAGCCGUCAAGGGUAGUUAUGGUUUUUUUGCAAGCGCAACACUUGCUAGGAGAACACUUAGAACAUCAUUAAUACAAGAGAGAUGUUCUUUAAAAGAAAUUGAAGUAGGACAAACGUUUACAGUUGUUGCUUUACCCAUGGAAAAAUUUAGUCCUUACGAAAAAAUAAUUAACCUCAAUAUUUUACGGAUGCUAGAACGUGGAGUUAUUGACAGAAUAGGUGACCGAAUGUUACCUGACAUGCCUAAGUGCCGGGACCCGACAACAUUCCACAGUGCAAGGAUAGCUGAUGUUUACUCUGCUUUCAUAAUACUUGCAAUUGGAAUCGUGAUAGCUGUUUGUAUUGGCCUCGUCGAGCGGAUUUGGAGCAGAAGACUGAAAUUUAAAAACAAACUACGGCAAAUUAUUGAUAUUUACUUGAGGAAAAAGCGCACUUCUGAGGUUCUUACCAAUAAAAAUAAUCCCAAAGAAAUUCUGAAUGAUUAUAUAAAUAAUAUUAACUGUAAUUUACAUUUCAAAACUUAUAAACGCCGAUUGAGAUAUUCAUCGUCUCGAGUAAAAAAAUUCAACCCUAAAGUUAAUUAUGACUGUGACAACCAACUACAGACAAAACAAAUUAUUUUUCCUUUUCGAAAU